AUGCCAUUCGUACUGACCAACGCUCACACGGUGUUCCAGGCCCUGGUCAACAAUGUGUUCCGGGAAAGGCUGAACCGGUUCCUGUUUGUCGACCUCGACGACAUCCUUGUCUUUUCCCGUUCAGCUCAAGAACACGUCCAACAAGUCCUUCAGCGUCUCCUGGAGAACCAGCUUUUUCUAGAUGGAGGUUGGAGUGAUUGGUCUAAUUGGUCUGAGUGCGGAGUGGACUGUUCCAUGUGGCGCAGUAGAGAGUGUACCCAGCCCUCGCCUGGCACCGGGGGAAAAGACUGCCAGGGCAUCGACCUCCAGUCACUCAACUGUACCAGCCAACAGUGUCUACAGAAGGCCUCCGGGGCCCCCUGUUCACCGGUUCCCCCUGUCCAGAGGCCUUCGAGGCCCCCUGCUCCACGGCUUCCCCCUGUCCAGAGGCCUCCGGGGCCCCCUGCUCCACAGCUUCCCCCUGUCCAGAGGCCUCCGGAGCCCCCUGCUCCACGGCUUCCCCCUGUCCAGAGGCCUCUGAGGCCCCCUGCUCCAUGGCUUCCCCCUGUCCAGAGGCCUCCGGGGCCCCCUGCUCCACGGCUUCCCACUGUCCAGAGGCCUCUGAGGCCCCCUACUUCCCCCUGUCCAGAGGCCUUCGAGGCCACCUGCUCCACGGCUUCCCGCUGUCCAGAGGCCUUCGAGGCCCCCUGCUCCACGGCUUCCCCAUGUCCAGAGACCUUCGAGGCCCCCUGCUCCACGGCUUCCCACUCUGCCAAUGGAGUUGAGGGUGUGGCCCUGUAUGUGGGUAUUGUAGCCGUAGCUCUCUGUCUGACCCUCAUCCUCAUCGUGGUGGUCCUGGUCUACCGCCGUAAGAAGGAGGGUCUGGACGCUGACGUAGCGGACUCGUCCAUCCUGACCACGGGCUUCCAGCCUAUGGGCAUCAAGCCUAGCAAGCCAGGUGUGUGGGCACCUCGGCACCGGAACUCCCAUCUGCUUACCAUCCAGCCGGACCUAACCACAACGACCACCAGCUACCAAGGAACCCUGCGCUCGCGCCACGACGGCACCACACACACCGGCACCGCUAAGUUCUCAAUGACCAACGGUCCGCUCCUGGACCCCCUACCCAACGGGUCGCACCACACCUUACACAACGGGAAGAUGACCUCUGACCCUGCGGAGUUUAUGACCCGCCUGUCCAAUCAGACGUACUUCAAGACGUUGCCGCGGGACGUGGCUAACACCUCGUAUGGGACAUUCAACUUCCUGGGGGGUAGACUCACCAUCCCCAACACAGGCAUCAGCCUGCUGAUCCCUCCAGAGGCCAUCCCCAGGGGAAAGAUCUAUGAGAUAUAUCUCACCGCUCAGAGGAAGGAAGAUUUAAGGUUACCCCUGGUGGGCUGCCAAACCCUGCUGAGUCCCAUAGUGAGCUGUGGUCCUCCGGGGGUGGUUCUGACGCGGCCCACAAUUCUCAGCAUGGACCAUUGUUCUGACGCCUGUCCUGAGAACUGGGCCAUCAGGCUGAAGAAACAGAACUACGAAGGCGUCUGGGAGGACGUCUUAAUGAUGGGAGAGGAAUUGAUCUCGGAGCCGUAUUACUGUCAGUUGGAGGCAGAGACGUGCAGAGUGUUCUCGGAGCAGUUGGGUCGUUUCUCUCUGGUGGGAGAAUCUCUAAACAUGUCCGCAGCUAAGCGUCUCCGCCUGGUGCUCUUCUCUGACGCAUACUGCUCUACCCUAGAGUAUAACAUCAGAGUCUACUGCAUGGAUGAUACACAAGAUGUCUUCAAGGAGGUGAUGCAGAUGGAGAGACAGCUAGGUGGUCGUCUGAUUGAUGAGCCCCACGUCCUGCUGUUUAAAGACAGCUACCACAACCUGCGCCUCUCCAUCCACGACAUGCCCCAGGCACACUGGAGAAGCAAACUACUGUCUGGAUACCAGGUGAGUUAGGGGUCAAGUGCUAGGAGUCAGGGGUCAGGGGUCAGGGUUAAGACCCAUCCACGACAUGCCCCAGGCACACUGGAGGAGCAAACUACUGGCUGGGUACCAGGUGAGUUAGGGGUCAAGUGCUAGAGGUCAGGGGUCAGGGUCAAGACCUAUCCACGAGCAAACUACUGGCUGGGUUUAAAAUAUAUUUUCAUUG